AAUUAUGAUUCACAAGUGUAGUCCACUCAAUUAUUGACCAAAAAUUAUGUAAGUCGUCUCUAAUUGCCAGUCGCCUUCCUCAAAGACUCAGGGUCAAGAAAAUUGAGUAGUAGAGUUGCCUCACCUGCAUUUCCUAGUUAGCGAUUUUGGAACCUGAUUUACUCACUACUUUCUACUUCUCAAUGGAAUCGUACUUGUCCUGUGCAAUGAAGCGUCCUCCUCCUAAAAGGGAAAAUAUCACAAAAGGUUGUUGAUGGACAUUAGAAAAUGAUACAGAAGAGAGAAGCUGCUCCUGUCAGAAAAGUCCGAAGCACCAGCCGAUAUUUUAGCAAAGGUGUUGAAUUUCAUCUCUAAUUCUCCCAUUCAAUUUCAUCAAGGCAUGAUUUGUUUUGCUACAUACUAGAGCAUUAGAUCUUUCAAAAGAAAAGCGAAAGUGGCAAUCGACCCCAGCUGGAGCUAGGGUCGAUGCCAAAGAUCUAGAUCAAGAUUGAAACCCUCACCAAAAAAGGGAAGAACUCUCACAGAAGGAGAGAAUCUCUCUCACGGAAAGAGAGAAAAAAGUCUUUAUUAGCCAUUUCCUUUGAAUAUGGUCUAAAAGUAUGAUUGGUGCAGUCUACUCAAUUAUUGACCAAAAAUUAUGUAAGUCGUCUCUAAUUGCCAGUCACCUUCCUCAAAGACUCAGGGUCAAUAAAAUUGAGUAGUAGAGUUGCCUUACCUGCAUUUCCUAGUUAGCGAUUUUGGAACCUGAUUUACUCACUACUUUCUACUUCUCAAUGGAAUCGUACUCGUCCUGUGCAAUGAAGCAUCCUCCUCCUGAAAGGGAAAAUAUCACAAAAAGGCUAUUGAUGGACAUUGUAAAACGAUACAAUAGAGAGAAGUUGCUCCUGUCGGAAGAGUCUGAAGCACCUGCCGACAAUUUAGCAAAGCCAAAUUCAGCUGAGUGGUUCUUUUUAGUCACUAGCCUUUGCAUGGAGAUCUUAUCAGCUGCUUGUGAUCAAGCUUCGUCCACAAGUAGGCCUCGGUAUGCGCUGUUUGGAAUGCUCUUGGCUAUUGCAGCUCUCCUCACUUGCAUAUGGGAGCUGAUUUACAGAGGCAGGAAGAGGGGAUGUGACAUGCUUUUUGGUUCUGUCAUUGAACUUUCUGUCAUUGAACUUUUUGGGUUCCUCGGAGGCCUCGCUCAGUGUGUUUGCUCAAUAAUUCAAUACGUUUAUUACAUUCGGCGUGCUGAAAAUCCUAUCAAACUGUCCCUUUUGCCUGCCAUCUUUCUCAUAUGUUUGAUUGCUGCGAGAUUAAGUAGGAAUCGAAUGCAGACCAAAGAUGAGACCGGUGAACAUACAGCUUAGACAAAGACUGAUCAGUAAAGAUGUGCUUGAUUGUUUGUCGCCUAAUCAAGUUUCGGAAGCUAAUAAAAGCUUAAGGAUUUUACGUGCUACCUAGAAUUAUGUUGAAAGUAUGAACGACGAUAUAUUUGUAAACAUUCGUAUUUAUAGAUUGGAAGGAAAAGAUACGAGCAGAAUAGUAUACAUAGGUCCCAUCAGGUGAUUUAUGUGCAAAUUCCUCUAUCUUUUCACAAGACAUUUGUGUUACGUUUGUACAAAUAUUAGAGUAAUGAUCUCGGUAUUUACUACAAAUUAAAUAAGUUCUGCAAAUAUUGCAGAGUCUUUAUCUGA